AUGUAUGAGCCGCUAUACUUUGCAUUUGACGCUUACCCAGCAGUGGUCCCUCGCGUGAGAGUGCGAGGCGUCAUGGCCCUCUUUCUCGCUGUCUCGAUCUUGUGGGCUUUGAUCUGGCUUCUUUACCGUGCAUGGCAAGUUUGUCAAACUUCAAAUGAGGUCCUAGUCGAAAAGCUCGGUCUCGACAUUCCUCCGCCACCAGAGGUCACCCUCGAAGAGAUCACAGCCCGUGAAAUUCGCCUUGCUUGGAAACAGCCCGACUUCCAUAACUCAAUACAUAAGCAUAUAAUUCAAGUGAAUAACGUGAAAGUCGGUGAAUCCAAACGAGCAGAAACAGCGGUGGAAAUAUCGAAUCUAUUACCUGGGAACAUCUAUCAUAUUUGCGUUCUUUCCGUUAGUGCCGCGAACUUUCAGACGCCUAGUGCGAUCCUCCAUGUCCGAACAAAAUCUCUUCCACUGUCCGAAGCCCAGCAGAAUGGCAACGCUGGGGGUCCAAUUAUCCGCGCCUCGAUCCCCAGGUCUACAGUAGGCUUGCCAACGCCAUCUGCCCCUAUAAUGUCUCGCGAGCACAGUGCAGGCCAAUUACCAGGCAAACGGCCCGCGGCCGGACGGAAAAUUUCGCCCGCGACUGGAACCACGGACAUUUCACACGGCAAUUUCGAAGAAACACACAAAAGUAGAGCGAAGACCGCCAAAGAUGAGACUUUGGAGCAAUUAGCAGACCGCUUGAAGUCGUUGCAGCACGAGAACGAGAAUGUGGAGAAGCAGGGGGCAGAGGAGGAAGAGGAGCACAUUGCACUGCUGAAGGACCUUGAAAAACAACGCAGUGAACUGCGGAAACGUGUCAGAGAGAAGGACGAAGCAAGUGGCGAUUUGAAAAAGCAUGUCUACAAGCUAGAAAGCGUCAACCGGACCGUGCAGGGUGAAAAGUCAAAACGCAUGAGACUUCUUCAGCAGAAAGAGGCGGAGCGCCAGAAACGCAAGAAUGACAUCUUGCGAUGGCAGGAGAAGAUUUCACGCAUGAAUUCCGAUGCUUUACAGGCAAAGGAUGACAAGGCCAGGAUUGAAGAAGAAGGGACGGUGCGCGCAGAUGAGGUCCGAGCCAAGAUCGCAAAAGAGCAGGGGGAGAUGAAGACCAUCGAUGAUGAGAUUCAGGAUAAAGGAGGAAGGGUUAAGAAGCUCGAAGAGGAGAGAAUGGGAUUACAAGAAGGCGAUAGUGAAGAUGGCAAGGAGCUAGAUCGAAUCGACAACGAGCGAGCUCGUCAGUGGGAGCACAAGCUGGGCAAUCUACACGCACGCUAUGCCACGCUUGUGAAUCUGCACGCGCAGGCCCAGCAACAAUAUCAAGAAGCCCAAGAACGUCUAAAGUGGCUUACAGCCCAACGACCCAGCAGCUCAGGACCCUUCGCCUUCCCGACCUUGGAUCUCGAUAUGUCGAAUACUGCCACCAUCCGUCCCCGUCGCCAUCGCAGCUCACUCAACAGCAAUAUGUCUUCUCCUCUGAACUUCCCAGGUAUCGAAACAUCGUUUCCAAGCACCGUCAACUACAACCCGUCCGGUCACUCGCCUACAUUUGCUCCCAGCUCUGCGUUUUUCAAUAUCAAUAACGGUAUGGCCCUUCCAGGCUUGUCUGAUCCCCCCGAGAUCAUGCGCUCCGAUACGGAAGUCGCUUUCAAUAACCCGCAAAUGAGCCCCCGUGCAGAUGCCCUCUUGCCAUCCGAUCUCCUUGGUGACGAAGAGUCGCCAGAAUUCCCACGAUCUAUAAUUCGUCCAAGAUUUGGCACUAUGGAGGCAUCCAGUACUCCCUUAGACAGCUUCGGUCACGGCCCAGUGUCGCCUGUUUCUUCAGACAGUCGAGCGGGCAGUAUCUUUGCCAGUCCACUAGAGACUCAAAAUCGGCAGGAUGAAUCCCAAGGUGUUCAUUUGUCUGCUGCUGGGGAAGCCCCGAAAAGUGCAUCCCGAAAGCUUUCUGGACUUUUCGGGUUUCACCGGCCUCGCGGGAAAACCCUGGCAGAUGAAUCUCCUAUGCUGGGUUCUUUGAAACCCGGUCAGAGCCAGUCCUUCCCUCGCAAUAUCGAUGAAUUAGAUCCGAUCGGUGCACGCCGGCGACGAUCGAGUUAUACUGGUAAUUGGGCAAACCCGAUGUCAUUGUUCCCUCGAAGCAACACGGCUGGUGUCACCAUGGACAGCUCUUCUGAUCAUGCGCCCUCACGGCGAGCUGCUUUUUCAAAUAUCUUCUCAUCCAGCAAGUUUGGCUUCGGCGGUGCUGGCACCCGUGGGAAUCCCGAUCUGAGCAGUGGAUACAAUCAAUUCAGUCCUCGACAUGAUCCUAUUGAUCCAUCAUCGCUUCUCGGCGGCGUUCGACGCGGUUCUCUGUCUCCCCGACCUUCGUCGACCUCAUUCGACACACCAAAUCAGCUUCCGCACCCCUCGACAGACAACCGACAUUUCGGAUGGCCAUCGACUGAUAAUGCCGGGCACCGCAACAGCCCGCUUGGAUUUGACUGGGCUGCACCAUCCAAUUGGUCUCGAGCUCCUUCUCGGCGACCUUCAAUCCAGUAUGGAUCUUCGGGCCAUCUUCCUCUCGGUUUAACCGGCGAGCCUGAUUUCGUGGAGGACACGUUUGACCGCCACCAUCGGCCCCUCCAGGCACCGAUUGGCACUCGUCCGUCAUCGUCCCAUCGGCCGCUGACCCCAAAGUUGAAUCCCGCUGCUCCGGCGUUUACGGCGGUUCUUACGGGAGAGAAGUCGGAAGUAGACACAGACAAGGGCAAUGAUCCCGAUAGUCCAUUUGAUAUCCACGAGUACGAUGGAUCUCCUUCGGAGUCUCGCACAUCUCGCUCCCUGUCCCUUUUCACUGGCGAUUCUUAUGAAUCGUUGGAGCGCAUGCCAUCUGGGACUUCCUUAGACAAUGCCUCGAAGGAGUCAUUCAUUCGCAAGAUCACGCGCAAGGGUAGUUCUAGCAAGUUCAGCUCAUGGAAGGAUCGCUCGGGACUUUUCUCUAAGAAAGGUGAAUCCUCGCAAGGUGAUAUUGACGAGGACGCGGCCAGCGAAGCACAGCUCGGCAAAAGCGUCGAUAGCACUGUCUCCAGUGUGACAUCCGCCGACCGCUCAACCCGCAGCAGCCUGGGAUUCUUUUCACGUAAGUCUCGCAAGUCCGACAAGGCCAGCGAGACUAGCGAGCGAGCCAGUGAGACUGGCGAUGAAGAGAUUCCUGAAAUUGAGAAUUAA